AUGUCAAGAGGGGAUGUUUGGAAUCACUGGGGCAUGCUCCGUUGUAAUCCACUUCUGCCCAAGCCUAUACUUCAAGUUCCCAACAGUGGUGAGGACUUUGGUGUUGUUCACUCAAAAAAUGCAGCAACUUUUAAAGGGCUUUUUCCCAUAAAGAUUGAAGUUGCUGAAGAAGAUGGUGAUGUUAAAGCAGGCCCUCAAGGCCCUCAAGAUAUCCUUGAGCUUGCACUCGAGCGGGACAUUGAAUCCCCUGUCAUCCUGCAAGGCAUGGAAAUUGAUGCUGCCUUCCUGCUCAUCCCACUUGAUUACUCAGUGCCCUCGAUGACCUCAGCACAAACAUUAAAACGCAAGCUUCCUGAGGAGCCCCCGACAAACUUUAUUGACCCAGCCAAUUUGAAGACCAUAGAUCCGCCACUGAAGAAUUUCCACUUGCUACAAGCACCAGCGGACCAUAGCAACCAGAUACCACAAUCUAAUGUCUCUGUCAGGACCAAAUUAGUCCUUGAGGCUUUGCGCAAGCUUCUCCCACCUCCAAAUAUUUAUGGCCUCUCAAAAUAUUAA